GUGGGGCGGCCUGCGCGGCGGGUCCGCUCCGGGUUGAGCGGGCGGCCGUGGCGGAGGGAGGGAGGGACGGACGGAGGCCGGGACGGGCCGCCGCGAGCGGCAUUAACAACGGACAUCUGUGGCGGCGGAACACAUCCCACCAUGAAAUCGGAAGCCAAGGACGCAGAAGAGGAGAGCCUGCAGACUGCUUUCAAGAAGCUAAGAGUGGACGCGGCCGGGUCAACGGCCUCGCUUCCCGUCGGAGAGGGGACGAGCGUCCGAACAUCAGCCCGAACGGCUCCGGACGAGAGCAAACCCAAAACCGUGUGUGCCCCGAAAGACAGCUGGCAUGGGUCAACGAGGAAAGCCUCCAGAGGAACCGCGCGAACCCAGCGGCGUCGGCGUUCCAAGUCUCCCGUCCUUCACCCUCCGAAGUUCAUCCACUGCGGCACGAAGGCUUCUUCCCCAAGCAGCCAGCUCAAGCACAAAAGCCAAAGCGACCCUGCGGACAGCGGCGCCAGCCGGCUAGGGAUCCCCGCCCCUAAAGAGCUCAGCCCGAGCGAACACCCCGUGGCACCCCUCGCCGCCCCCGAGGCCCCGGCGGGCGGCCCCGCGGCCGUCGAGGACGCCCAGGAGACCCCGGCCUCCGCCCUGGCCUCCCAAGGCCGUGACCUCUCUGACUUCCGGUCCGUGUCCGAGCUGAACCAGGGCCGGCCGUGUGCCUGCGCGGGGCGGGAGUGCCAGUGCCAGCGGUGGCAGGACAUGGAGGUGUAUUCCUUUUCGGGCCUGCAGAACGUCCCUCCCUUGGCGGCGGAGAGAAGAGGUCCCCUGGAGGACCACUCGCAGUCUUUACACGGCAGAACUCCAUCCGGCCUGGGGGCCGCCGGCUCCCCGCGUUCCUGUUCCGAGCAGGCCAGGGCCUACGUGGACGAUGUGACUAUCGAAGACCUUUCGGGCUACAUGGAAUACUAUUUGUACAUCCCCAAGAAAAUGUCCCACAUGGCGGAGAUGAUGUACACCUGAAAGCCACCGGCCCGCGAGCCCACUGCGCCGUAAGACCCACGGUGGGGCCGGCAAGGGACCACCCGGCCCUCGGCGGACACCUCUGCGAUCUCUCUCCGUGCGGGGCAAACACCUCUCUCUGCUCACUGCGCUUGCAAUAAAAACGUCUCUUGGCAUCCCA